AUGGCCACCAUCGAAGCGAUGUUGACACAGCAAAGUGUGACGCUCGAAGAUUUACAUGAUCGAAUCAACUCAGACGCAAUGCCUCAACCUACUACUCACCACGCACAAGAUACAACUACGUUGCCCGAAAAUUUGCCGUCAACAUCGCAUUCUUCGGCACAUUGGACACUCCAUUCUCAGACUUUGAGUCAUCUCCCCGCCGCCGUCGAGGUCACAGCGUCCCCGUCUACCACAAGAGACGAGAUUCCGGCAAUGACAAUACCUAGACAGCAUUCUACCACAACAGAGAGCUUGCUCAGCACUGCAUCAGUGCGAGCUUUACUAGGAGAAUUUCCCCGUGGCAUGUUUUUGAAGACGGAAUCUGCUCGAGCUCUCCCGCAGAAUGUCCACCUAGGAAAUCAGCAGGUCACGGCUUUCCCAGAAACAGAGCGCGCCGAGAUGGACGGUUUGGUCGAUUGCUUUUUCAGAUUGGCCCAUCGAGAAAUACCGAUUCUGGAUCAGAACCACUUUCUGAGUUGCUAUAGACGAUUUCUAGAGAGAGACGCAUGGGAUGAUAUCGACUCUGCUCUCUGCCUAAUGGUCCUUGCCAUUGGUGCUGUCGUACAGAAUCCUCCUUCAGCGGCAAACCAAAGCGCAGAAGUUUCCAGUCCUGGGGGCGAAUACCUCUCUGCCGCCUUAAAGAUUCUGAUUCCAGACAUUAUGCAGAGCUUUUGGAGCACAAUAGCUCUCCCGCAGGCAACCCUUCUCGCGGCAAAAUAUUUUGGCUAUUUGAUGCGUCCCUUAAAAUCCUGGAGAUUUAUUCACCUAGCCUCCACGAAUGUCCAGAUCCUGCUGAAUUGGCCACAGACUCUGGAGGAGGACCAUGCCACGGCAGCAGCACUCUCCCGGCUCGUAUGGGCUAUAUUUGAUAUUGAAUGCGAUCUUAUUGCGGAGCAUCAUCUACCACGGAGUGGAAUUGAGCACGUUGUUGAAAACAUACCUCUGCCCACUUUCCAUAGCUGGACACCAGAGGCGUCGAUGUUUUUGGCCGAGAUCUCUGCUAGGCGACUGUUCAACCGUGUGCAUCAUACCAUGUAUGCAGAUUCGCCCGGGAGAUUUGGGACAACUGACCACACAAUCCCUGCACAAGACCACUUCCUCAGGCAGGAACUCAGGUCCACCAUUACAAACCUGGCUGCAGAACUAGACCACCAACUGGAGACAUGGUUUGAUCUUCUACCGCAGCAUAUCAAGCCUGAGCUUGAAAAUUCAUCAUCGUGGUCCUUCGAACAUUUGAAUAUCCUACACAGAUAUCACACUGCUAAAGAUAUUAUUUUUCGACCAUUCGUCAUGUACACCUGCAACCUCCCUGCGAACGGGACUAUCUCAACCUCAAUUCUCGAGCGGUGCAGUAUUUGCGUGCAACACUGUUGUGCGUAUCUGUCCAUCUCGGAAAUGCUUCUUGAGCAAACUUCGUCGAUCAAGGAGAUCAUAUCCCACUCUGCCUUUGCUGCGACAGUAGUCUUGACGUUAAGUUCGCUGAACCAGAACCUGAGCGCUCUGGUUUCAGACGUUGAUGAUCUUCAGACACGAGCCAUUUCCAUGCUACAGCGCGUAGCGUCAAAGGACUCGGCGAUAGACCAAUUGGUGGAAAUAUUGAAAGUCCUCCAGAUGAAGACAAGAUUGCUGAAGCGACAGGCCCAUAUGCAGACGCCAUGA